AUGGAUGCCAGCAGCGUGUCAGUGCUGUGGUACAGGAGGUCGAAGCCCCUGGGGAAGGUGAGGCGGCGGGUUCAGGACCUCCGCAUCCCCUCCUCUUGCAGUGACGUCAUGGCCAGCAGACCCCCGUUGGACCUGAGCCACAACGAGAGCGCCCGGCUGGCCGUGGACUGCCUGCUCAGCCGGGGUCUGGAGGGGUACCGAGAGAUGCUGAGUGCAGAGGAAGAAGUGGACUUUCUCUCCGAGCUGGAGAAGAGUUACAUCCUGGAGAAUGGGAGAGAUGGACACACAGCUGAUCCUGGUGCCUGUGAUGACGGAGACGAGGUGGAGACCCUGUCUUCUGGCUCCCAGUCUCCCACAGCAUGUUCCUCUGAGGAUUCUACUGUGGUCGGUUUGGACCUGAGCCCCAAAGAUGUGAGGCGGACUGGUUCUGUGCUGGACGAGCCAAUCGCUGAGCUCUUCUUCCAGUCUGGCAGCCCAGCAGGCAGCAUGAAGGACCUGGUCCGAGGGUUCAUCAGGAAGGCUGCCAUGGCCCUGGCCAUAGUGAUGGACACCUUCAGUGACGUAGAGCUGCUCUGUGAUCUUCUGGAGGCCAGCAGGAAGAGGAAUGUGUCCGUCCACCUUCUGCUGGACCAUCUCAACUUGAACUUGUUCCUCAGCAUGUGGCAGGACCUCAAACUGGACAGCAAAAACUUCCCUGUGGGUUUCUUUCUCUACCUCUUUCCAUCCUCCUGUCUGUCUGAGCCUGAACGCAUUUACCAAAACUUUAAGCUGUCGGUCCGCAGUGUGGAGGGACAGACCUACUGUGCUAGGACAGGCAGGAAGCUGACAGGACAGGUUUCUGAGAGCUUCAUCAUCACUGACUGGAGCGAGGUGCUGACCGGCUCUUACAGUUUCUCCUGGCUGUCCUGGCAGGUCCAUCGUACUCUGGCUGUUCUUGUGAGGGGCAGCGCGGUCACACCUGUCCAUCAGGAGUUCCUCAGGCUGCAUUCCAGCUCCAAACCCAUCCCUGGCUUUAUCUCCUUUAUCACCGUGCCCCUCCUCCUCCCUCUUUACCGAACAUUACAGGCAUCUCAAAACGCUGAGCUGAAAUCCAGCCCGCCCACAGCACCAUGCCACAGUGCUCCUAAAGGGAAACCACAAAACCCUCACACCAAAGUAAAAACGCUGGUUUCAUGCAAUCCACAGAGCACAGAUUUGGAGUGCAGCAAGGCCACGUCUCAAAGGGCAGGUGAAGCCCCCCCCUUCUCAACAAACCAGGUCCCCUCCCAUACUGAACUGGAUACCCCAGAGCAGCACUGGAAGACCCUCACCUGUGGCCCCCCGCAACUCCCUCCUCACCACCUACAGGACAGACAGACCUGGGGGCUGGAGGACAUUUCACAGUGA